AUCCCAUAGAGCUCGGCUGCAACUAAAUAUGAGUGAAGAAAUGAGCUUCUCGUUUUCAGGCACGUUACACCUCUUUUGAAGGCGGAUCUUUAAAAGUAUUUCCCUCUCUCAGGAAACUGAAAGUCUGAACUUGUUUCCAGCACGAGAGGGGACAUCCCAUGAAGACAGAAUGCCUCUUAUUUUCCUCUGCUUAUUGUUUUCUUUGCAACCCUGUUUUGGAUGUCAUGCUGUUUGCCAGUGCCUGGGCAGAAGUUUUGUCUGCCAAGAAAACAAGAUGGUACAGAUUCCAAAUAAUAUCCCCAAGAAUGUCACUGAAUUGAGAUUUAUGCUUACAAAAAUCACGAAUAUACCGAAUGGGGCUUUUGCCGGAUUGCAAGACCUUGAGAAAAUAGAAAUAUCUCAGAAUGAUGUUUUGACAUCCAUAGAAACCAAUGUGUUUUCAAACAGCCCUCAGCUGCAUGAAAUAAGGAUUGAAAAAGCCAACAGUCUAGUAUACAUUGAUCGAGAGGCUUUCCAGAAUCUCCCGAAGCUUAAGUAUUUGUUAAUAUCCAACACUGGAAUUCAUUGUAUCCCUGUGGUUUCCAAGAUACAGUCUCUACAAAUGGUGUUAUUGGAGAUUCAAGACAAUAUCAACAUCAAGAAAAUUGAAAGAAAUGCAUUUGUUGGACUCAGUGUUGACAGUGUCAUUUUGAGGCUCAACAAGAAUGGAAUUGAAGAAAUACAGAACUACGCAUUUAAUGGCACAAGUGUAAAUGAACUAAUUCUCAGUGGCAAUGAGAAGCUGGCAAGACUACCGGACCUUGUUUUCCACGGAACCACUGGACCAACUGUUUUAGAUAUUUCAAACACUAGGAUCAGCUCUUUGCCAAGCUUUGGAUUGGAGAAAAUCAAAAGACUCAAAGCAAAGUCGGCUUAUAAUUUAAAGAAGCUCCCAGCCCUGGAAAAGUUUGAAGAACUGAUUGAAGCUGAUUUAACGUACCCCAGCCACUGCUGUGCUUUUGCCAACUGGAAGAGAGAAAUCACAGACUGGGAUCCACUCUGCAAUAAAACUUAUGAGAGUCAACCUGAUGAUCUGAAGUCUUUCAACAAAAGGUCAGCACAAGUAGAUUCCUCAUUCUCAACCGGAGGAACAACAUAUGACUUAAUAGACAAGGAAGAUGAGUUUGGAUUUGACUACUUCUUUUGUCAUGGAAAACAGGAUGUUGUAUGCUCUCCUACGCCAGAUGAAUUUAAUCCAUGUGAAGAUAUAAUGGGGUACACAGCUCUCAGAGUCCUCAUAUGGUGUGUCAAUAUCCUUGCCAUCACUGGAAAUUCAAUUGUUCUGAUAAUAUUGCUAACAAGUCAGUACAAAUUUACUGUUCCCAGAUUUCUAAUGUGCAACCUUGCAUUUGCAGACUUGUGCAUGGGUAUCUAUCUGUUGUUGAUUGCGGCUGUGGAUAUUAAGACCAAAAGUCAGUAUUAUAACUAUGCCAUUGACUGGCAAACGGGUGCAGGGUGUCAUGCUGCUGGGUUUUUUACGGUCUUUGCUAGUGAACUAUCUGUCUUUACCCUAACAGUAAUAACUUUGGAAAGAUGGCACACAAUAACAUAUGCAAUGCAGUUAGACCGGAAAGUCCGAUUUCGGCACGCAACAAUAAUAAUGGCAUCUGGAUGGGCGUUUUCAUUUACAGUGGCUCUGCUUCCAAUUGUUGGUGUGAGUAGCUACAUGAAGGUCAGCAUUUGUCUGCCAAUGGACAUCGAAACCCCACUUUCUCAGGCAUAUAUAAUGUUCCUUCUUGUCCUCAAUGUUUUGGCCUUUGUAGUUAUCUGCACAUGUUACAUGGGGAUCUACCUGACCGUCAGGAAUCCUAAUGUCAUAUCUUCCAACAGUGACACUAAGAUUGCCAAACGAAUGGCAAUACUGAUAUUUACAGAUUUUUUGUGUAUGGCUCCAAUAUCGUUUUUUGCAAUCUCAGCUUCCCUAAAGAUCCCUCUCAUCACAGUGUCCAAAUCCAAGAUCCUCUUAGUUCUCUUCUAUCCCAUCAAUUCCUUUGCUAACCCUUUCCUGUAUGCCAUUUUUACCAAGACAUUUCGCAGAGAUUUUUAUAUUCUCAUGAGCAAAUUUGGUUGUUGUGAAGCAAGGGCACAAAUAUUCAGAACAGAGACCUCCUCGAGUGCUCACAAUCUUCAUGCUAGAAACGGACACUUUGUUCCAGGACCAAAAAGCAGCAGUGGGUCAGUUUACACAUUGGUUCCGCUUAACCACUAACAGUGAAGCUGUAACAACAUACCUCAGGAGGUGUGAAAUUUCUAUUUGAUAGAAGUUAGUAAGUCUAAAUUAUUUAGUGUUUCCAAAAAAAAAAACACUCCUUUUCCAAUUUUUUUUUUUACAGAAAUAGCCUACUCUUGAAUUAUAUUUUCUUUAUAAAUUAGAAAUAGUAUAUGGUAAUUAAUUUAGUUACUCCUUUAUAGUUUUUUGCUUUAAACAUAAAUUCAGAAUAAGUAUAGCAUCAGAUUUUAGAAUUUGUUUGUAUCGAGAAUCCUUUAUAAAAUUUUACCCAACUAUUUCCAGAUUUUAAUUUGUUUAUUAAGUAAGUGCAUUUUUCUUAAAUAAUUAGUGAAUCUUUAUACAUAAGCUUUACUAAACUCUACAACUUUGAUCUUACCUGAAGAUCUGUAACAUCAAUAACACAAGUAGCAGAGUAUGAUUAAUAAACAGGUAAGGGAUUCUUCCAUAAUCUUUUAAAAAAGAGGCAAUAGGAUUGUAUUGCCAUUAGUAUGCAUUGAUGCUAUAAAGGUUUCCUUCAGGAACAAGGAACUCUUUUAGUAUUAAAAGAAACACAAAUUAGAUUCUAUGAGAAAUGGAAUUGCUGUAUUUUAAGCUUACUGGAUAACACAUUUUUGCAUUAUAGGCCUGUAACUUUAAUUGGAGGCAAUUUACUCAAAUUUAAACUUUUCUGAAUCUCAAAAAGCUUAAAUUAACGUGAUCAUGUUUUUGACUGUUUUUGUGCAACAAUAUUUCAAAAACAAAAAUGGCAAAGAUUGAUAGCUUUAAAUUGGGCAAAAAACAAAAUCAACACAUGCAAAAUCUCAGCUCAAAUUUUAAAAUAGCUUGAAAUUGGAAAAUAGACCUCCCACUGAAUUAUACAGAAAUACGCCAUCUUGUAGCUGCCAAAUUUCUUUCAAUAGAUAGGGGCAGAUUUAUCAAAAACUUUGAAAUUCGAAUUCAAAAAGACCAACUAAACCAACUUAAAUUAAGUUAAAGAUAUUUUUUGGUCAAAGAGGUCGGUUUUCGAUCGAAUAGGUCCGUAUCGAAGUAAUAGCACAUUCGAAUCAGACGAA